GUGCCGGACUGCAAGAUGUUCCUCCGCGGAGCUUGUACCCGAGACGGCUGCAAAUAUCGCCAUGUGAAGGUUAGCGCAGCAGCGAAACUUUGCGAGCCUUUUACUAUGGGCUACUGCCCCAAGGGAGGCGCGUGCACGCUGAGGCACGAGCUCCCUGUUAUAAACCGGAAAUCGCCCACUGCGGCUGCCGCUGCGGUGAAAGAUGCUACCGGUCAGUCGACAAAUGUUUCAGGUACGUUAUCAUCCCCAUGUUCGGCUUCACCAGGAGCAGCGAGUGUAUCGCCCGCAUCAGUGUCGUCCAGCGGGAGCCCAAAGAGCGACACUUCCAGCGCGGAGCUGUCGAUCCGGCCCAACAUCCGCUUCGCCUCCAAGCACAACAAUGGCUUCCCGUCGCUAUUUGAGGGCCUGCGCCGGCCGGCAAAGUGA